GCGCGAGAGCCGGCACCGCCCAGCUGUCGCUGUAGCUGUCUGACGGGGCACAGAGGAGGGUAUCCGGGGCCACUUUUCUCCUAUCUCCCUCUCCCCCAGGUGGAGGUGGCGGGUGGCGGCGGAAUGGACCUCUCCGGGCUCCUGCUGGACGAGGAGGGCGCAUUCUCGCUCGCGGGUUUCCAGGAGUUCACGCUUCUCCCUGGACAUCAGAAACUGAGUGAGCGAGUCAGAAAGCGACUUUACUAUGGCUGGGACCCAGACUGUGGCCUAGAAGAACUAUCCAGUCCUGUGGCAGACAUUGCUGUGGAGUUGCUCCAGAAGGCAGCCCCCAGUCCUAUUCGCCGGCUCCAGAAGAAAUAUGUAUCUCAUGUAUCCCGGGAGGCAUGUAUCUCUCCAUGUGCCAUGAUGUUGGCCUUAGUUUACAUUGAACGACUUCGGCACAGAAAUCCUGACUAUUUACAACAUGUGUCAUCUUCUGACCUAUUCCUCGUCUCUAUGAUGGUGGCCAGUAAGUACCUGUAUGAUGAAGGGGAAGAAGAGGAGGUCUUCAAUGAUGAAUGGGGGGCUGCAGGGGGUGUGGCUGUACCUACCCUCAAUGCACUGGAGAGAAGCUUCCUGAGUGCCAUGGACUGGAGCCUCUACACUGAUCCAAGGGAGAUCUUUGAGGUGCUGAGUUGGCUGGAGGGCUGUGUCGCUGAGCAGCAGGGUCGACGCCGUGGCUGGUAUACCUACACAGACUUGUGUGUGCUGUUGGAGCAACGAACUUGGCAAUUGGCUUUGGGCUCACUGUGCCAGCGUCUGGCCAAGCUGGCUUGCCUGCUAGCCUUGGCUUAUGUGAGCAGUGUAGCUGUGGCCGUGGCCUCUGUGACUGUCCUGCACCAGACCUUGGGGCUGCAUGGCACCCCUCCACCAGGGCCCCCUGAUGUUAGCUGUCUUACUCCCAAGUGCCCACCGGGGCCUUGUUCUCUGUCUUCAGCUUCAGUUCCACAGUUCCUACCCCUGUCUGCUAACACCUCCCAAAAUCUAGUGGGGAACAUGGGACUGCAUUCACUGUGGGGGAGUCUUCUGGCUACAUUGAGUCCUUCUCCAUUGCCUCCAGGCACCCCAACUUCUCAGCCCUGCCCCCUUUGUCGGCAGCUCCAGAUAGACUCCCCAAACCACUAUGCCUGUCAGCGUACCAACUAUACAACCACAAUGAGGCCUCUCAGUCCCUGGUAUCCCCCACCUGGCCAAGCCCCACCCUGGCCCUGGAGCCCUGGAGCUCCCGUCCUCCCCCAGCCGCAGCAGUGCUCCUUGUUUGGUGCUAUGGAGCUGGCCCGCCUCAAAUCCUUUAUCUUUCCAGGAUAGAUGGAGACUCUGGAAAUGUGUUGAGGGGGAGUUAGGUUGCCCUGGGGGACUUACAGGACAAAGUUUUAUCCAUUGGAAAAGAGGAAUUUAAAAACUUGUGACUUAGAUUCUCUCUUCCUUUCUGGAUCCUUUGUUCUCUUUCCUCUAAGGGGAAAGAGGUAAAUGGGGUUGUUGUGGCAGCGGGGUGAAGAGUAUGUUGUCUGUCUUUGUGGCCUUUGCCUAUGACUUCGUGGCUAGGUGCCACAGAAUUGGCUUCGUGAUGUCACUUGGGAAGGCUUCAUCCUGGUGACCUGUGUGAUGUCACAUGUAGAAGGCCAGGGGGAAGACACGCCCACCUUUCUGAGGCUUUCUAGAGUUGACAGUGACUUUUGCUCGUUUCUUAGGGUGAGCGGGGCAAGGAUGAGAGUAGAGGGACAGAUUGAAGCUGGUCUAUGUGAAGUCCCUAGGGCUUGAGUACUAGGGGAUGAUAGGACCAGGGAGUUGGAGGGUGCUUGGGAAUAACAUCAAGGGGAGGUGGUGCAGAAAGCCCCUUUCGAGUUAAAACUUAAGGGUUGUUAGCCUUUAGCCUCUGUUCUCCGGUGCCCCCUACCCAUAUACUCUACCGGUGGUACUGCUCCCCUGGGUCUGUCCUCAGGUCUCUGGCCCCUGGUUUGUACUUGGUUGGUUUUUUUCCAUGCUUUUAUAGAAGAAUUUGAGGUUUCAAUAAACAGUUUAAGUUGCA